CUUCCACCACCAUUGCCACCACCACUAUGCCACUGCUUCAAAACCAUAUGAGAAAUGACAAAAACAACACCAACAAAAUAGUAACAAAAAUUAUGAAAACACGCAAAAGUCGUCCAACAGUUGCACAACAAAUUCUUUUGAGAAAUACUUUAAUAGUUGAUCGUGGUGCGGCACUGAGUGUAGAUCAGCGAGCCUGAAAUGCUGAAAGUGCAUAAGUAUAGUCUGUACGGUUAUAAAAGUCUAAGACGGUAUCAAAGAACAAAUUCUCAAAUUAUAUUUUCCUAUUGAACAGCUGAGUGCUGCUAACAGCUGUCGAAUAGUGAAAAGUGUGCAAUAGCAACAACAAUAUGGGAAAUGUCCAAGCACGACAAUGCGAUGCCCAGGGCAUGGUUCAGCGCCGUGGAAGUAUGUCGUGGAACUUCCGUUAUCCGUUGAUGAAGCGCCGCGAUCAAACAGCAACGAUCGUUUAUAAUAUGAAAAUGAGUAUCGCGGAUUGGCUGGAUUUGCUCGGUAUGCAGCAGUAUGAAACCAACUUCCAAAUGUAUAAUACUGUCGAAGAUAUUCUCGAUUUAACGGAUUGCGGUUUAAGGCACAGGGGCAUACGUCAGAGCAGUCAUCGCGCAAAAAUGCUAUCUAGCUUGAUGGGUGUACAGGCUAAAUGCCGACAGUCGCUGAAUAUUGAGGCUUCCACCUUACCUCGCGCGCUGUCCAAGCGAAAAAACUCUUGUCCACCAAUGUAUUUAUCAAGCGAUUCCAGUGAAAUAGAGCGGUCGCUGCAGCGUAAUUGCAGUAGUCGUAAUUCAUUUUCCAAUUUUAGAACUAACAGUAAGGAGUCUAAGCGUCUGACUUUUAAUGCUUCGGAUAUGAUUUACGAGGAACUAGAUCCUCUAGAAAAUAAUACGAUAACAACAAACGCAGCAAUAAAACCGAAAAGCUUAACCAACCCGCUUACUGUCGAUAGCUGUGCAACCGACAACAAUAACACAAUCCGCACAAUGGACAAUAUUGGUGGAAGUGGUAACUUGAGCAGCAGUAUUGGUGGCUCUACAGCGUCUAUUGUGGGUCAGUUGCAUCUACAGCAACACCAUCAACUGCCACCUAACAGCAUGGCGGUGAGCACACCGUCUAGCGAACAACAAGAAGCAAUUGCUUUGAAGAAGGCUUUAGAAUGGGAGCUCAGUUUGGAUGCAAAGGAUUUACGUUCGCAUGCCUGGUAUCAUGGACCACUGUCACGGCAACGUGCCGAGGAGAUUGUACAGAGGGAAGGAGAAUUUUUGAUAAGAGAUUGCGCCUCCCAACCGGACAAUUAUGUGCUCACCUGUCACACCAAAACCCAGGUGCUACAUUUCGUUAUAAACAAGAUUCUUUUACAACCUGAGACGGUCUACGAGCGCGUACAGUAUCAAUUUGAGGAAGAUGCCUUUGAUGCAGUGCCCGAUCUUAUCACCUUUUAUGUUGGUUCUGGCAAACCUAUUUCGGUAGCUUCCGGUGCUCGCAUACAGUAUCCCUGCAAUCGCACAUAUCCUUUAUCAUUCUAUGGACAUAAAAUUGUUGGUAAUCAUUUGCACACACAAAUGUUGGCUGGCAUACGAGGUGCUAGUCCACUUAAUUCUCCACUAAGCCACAAUGGGAAUUUUCGCUUUGGAUCCGGUAUUAUAACACCGCAUACUCAACAGCAACAAACAGUACACAGCCCCAUGUCAUCACCGCCGCGUGUCAAACGCGAAAUACCUCCACGUUUGCCAUCAAAGAAACAGCGCUCGCAAUCCCUCACGCCAGCACAUGCCACGCCUACUAGUGUACGUCAAUCGCAUAAUAGCGAAUCGUGCUCAAGUGCUGAUGGUAUUAUACAAGCCGCGCCUACUCAACCUAAUGAGAUCGUCAAUAAUCCGAAUGGCUUCCGCGAUCAUGGUCGUCGUUUAAGCAACUUCGAGAAAGAGGUGCUAGCUAGUGAAACGUCAUUAGUUGUUGGGGAUAAUAUAAAUUUACAAAGCCAUCUGGAGCACUUGGCGCAAGCGGGCAAACUACAUGGUAAUGGAUUUCAAACGAUCGCGCGAUGUUCCGCUGCAACUGAGGCAGUAGAUCAUUUUAAAUUCACCACACAUUCAUUGCCACGCCCCAAUACUAAUAACUUUCGCGGCAAUAGCAUUAUGCGUAUCUCGAGUUUGGCACGAGAUUUCGGUUCAGAUGCUGUUGGUUUGAGUACAAGCUUAGAGGGCAGACAAAUACCCGAGCUACCCGAGAAACCACCGAGUCCACCACCGAAGCCAGUACGCGCAAAUAGUCAGGCACGUAAAGAGAAGGAACAGCAACAGCAAUUGGCAGCGCAUCGCGCAGGGAUUGUGGGAGUUGGUUAUCACGCCAGUGGUUCGGAUUCGGGAAAUGGUUCUGGCGAUUCGGUACAGAGCUCGAUACCUGGUGACUCCAACGAGUUUACCCAACAUCGUGGUGUAAUAAUAAAGAAUCCACGCUUUUUGAGUAAUUCAGCAUCGUCAGCAGCUUUGAAAAGUCUUGCUGAUUUCGAUGUGAUUGCAGCAGAAGAGCAGCUUUUCACUAUGGAGAUACCCGAUUUCAAGCCGGUGUCUAAGUUCGACUUUGAAAACUUCAUAACACUGCUCUUACCGUCAGUGGAUAAUAAGCCAUUGGAUGGCGACGCACUUACCACUUUCAAGAUGAUGCUGCUAGAAACUGGACCCAAAGUCAUUGCUGAGCAUAUAACGCGUAUCGAUAUUGGUCUACUAAUUGAAGAGCUGCCUGAAGAUGAAGAUCGCAAUGUAUUAGACUGCUGCGGCUUGGAGAUGCUGACACUACCAUUUGGCAAAGUAUUCCGUGCUGAUUUAAUCGAACGCACCCAGUGCAUAAAACUAAUGGUCGCAGUGACAAUACUUACAUGUCAAACGGACUUGGAUCGCGCUGAAUUACUAAGCAAAUGGAUACAGAUUGCAGUGGAAACGAAAACAGCUUUGGGCAAUCUCUUCGGCUUCUGUGCCAUUAUGUUGGGCUUAUGCAUGCCACAGAUUCAAAAACUAGAACAAGCUUGGCACAUACUCCGCCAGAAGUACACUGAUAGCGCUUUCACCUUCGAAGCCAAGCUACGACCCACGUUAAUCAGCAUGAAUGAGUGUACCAACCCGCAAGCGCCAAACACUACAGUACCACAUGUCUUACUCUAUGCGCUAUUGAAAGAUCGACCGAUCAUCGAUAUUAUCAGUGUAAAUAAUGUCAACUUGGACGAUCGCAGUUCACUGUAUGGCACUUGUAUAACAGCAUGGGAGGCAAAAGCCGACGAUUUCGGCAUGACAAUUAAUUUUCUACACUUAGACUCGGCGCGUCAUUUCCUGAACAAUUUAGCGCUGUAUAGAAAAAAUGCGAAAAUUUUGCUUGAAGAGUCCAGUAAGCGAUUGGACGAAUUGCUCAGCGACGCAUUUAGAACCGAGUUCCACGUGAAAUUUUUAUGGGGUAGUAAUGGUGUCACCGCUACUCCAGAGGAUCGGCAUUCAAAACUCGAAAAAGUGCUAGCACUAAUGGCCGAUAAAUUCUGCAGUGUGGACUCUGCUGCUGGUUAAGUAAGAGGAUAUUGUGUACAUGUAUAUACAUAUAUACAAAACAAAAAUCGCAACAUGCAUUUAUACUUUUAUACUACCAGAGGCAUAUUUAGAUUAAGCUCGCGCCAAAUUGUUCGCUUUAUUUUGCUAGUUCGCUGUAGUAACUAGAGUAGCGAAUGGCUAGUGAAUAACAAUUCUAAACAGUAUUGUUCAUAUUAAAUGUGGAAGAGCUAUCGAAUAAGGUAGAGCUGAAUAUAUCUAAAGCAAAAAAUUGAUAUUUGGUGGCAAACAUUAAUCCUUAAAACGAUCUCAGGACUAAUAAUAAAUAAUGCAGACCUAUCUGGUGUACACGUACUAUCCCAAAAAUUGCACUAGUAACAACCGGGAAAUCUAUUUAAAAAUUUUAAUACCUUUUGGAUGCAAACGCUAUAUUUAUCGAAAAAUGAUGUAUGUAAUUGAAAACCGGUAUCUGAGGCUUCCAAUGCGUCUGAUUAUAGCUGACAUGCAGAGUGCGAAUUCAGCUCUUUUACGAAUCAUUACAAUUUCUGGCGAUUAAAAUUUGCCUAAUAAAAUUUUUUAGCACAUUAUAAUUGCUUCAAAGAAAAGUAAAAACAGUCCAAACAGCCGAGCUUAAGCGCGUAUUACGAAAAUGAAGUCUGAGCCCUUUGUAGUAGAAAUCAACUUUCAUACAAGAGUUCAAAAACGAGAUUAACAUUGGCUAAUAAUAAUAUAUUCAUGUGUACUUUAUAGUUCUGGCGUUAUGGUACAAUAGUGAGAGAAGUCGAAGUACAUCGAAGU